AUGACGGUCGCCGAGCUUCUCCGCGCCCAGCUCGAGGAGCAGAGGAUCGAGGGAGAUGAGCCUAUCCUUGAGGAGGAGGAUGACGAUGAUGAAGACGAUGACGAGGAUGAGGAUGAAAAAGAUGACGAUCGCGUUGAGGGUGGUGAUGCUGGUGGAAGUUCUAGGCAGAGUAGGAGUGAGAAGAAGAGCAGAAAAGCCAUGGAGAAGCUUGACAUGAAGGCCAUUAUUGGUGUGAGCCGUGUAACUAUCAAGAAGAGCAAGAACGUUGUGUAUGUCCUCUCCAAGCCAGACGUCUUCAAGAGCUCGCAGUCAGACACCUACGUCAUGUUCGGGGAGAUCAAGGUCGAGGACCCGAGCACUGAGCUGCAGACACAAGCGGCGGAACAGUUCAAGGCACCAGGCCUGAGCAGUGUGGUCUCAAAGGGCGAGCCGUCCGUGGCAGCAGCCCAGGACGAUGAGGAGGUCGACGACACUGAUGUUGACAAGAAGGCUUCCCUCCUGAAAAAUACUGGGAGGCUCGAACUCCUAAGGUUCCAUACGAUUUCUCGAGAUGAUGCGUUUCCGUAUGCCUUCCAUUCAUAUUUCAUAGUGGAUUGCAUCGUCUAUUGUCACAUCUCUCUCUUUCUCCCUCUCUCCCUCCAUCUCCCUAUCUCCCUCCCUCCCUCUCUCUACCCUUGA